GGGAUUCUGCCUAGACCUGGCCUAGCCGCGAUGCUCCGGGUCGCACCGGCUGAGACAGGGGCCGGGCGCUGGGGUCGGCGCUGAGGCGGGAGGGGCCGCAUGGGAUGGAGCCUCUGGCGCCCGCAACCGCAGAAACUUGAACCGUGGCAGAUAAACCUCUGCUCCGGCCUCUGCGCCCUCUCGCAGCAAACCGCAUCGCGUUGUGGCUUUAGGACCCAGGCCUCCGGACCCGGGCCGCUGCGCUCCUUCGGGGCGGGGGCGCAGGGGGGGGUUGGCCGCGGCUCCCCGAGGCCAGCCCCCCCGGAGUGAGUGCCGCUACCAUGGCGGACGGGGCGCCCCGGCUCCCCCUCUAUCGCAGCGUCUCGUUUAAGCUGUUGGAGCGCUGGAGCGGCGGGCCCGGGCCGAAGGAGGAGGCCACGGACACCCCCGGGCUGCGGCGCCGCGCCUCGUGCCGGCCGGCAGCGGCCGUCUCGGGCCAGCCCUCCCGGCGCGUGUCCAAGCUAGCGUCGGGGCCCCCGGUCGCCCCCGCGCAGCCGCGCCCGCUCCGCAGCCUCUCGCCGUCGGUGCGCCAGCUCUCCCGGCGCUUCGACGCGCAGCGUGUGGACGACGAGCCUUCAGGGGCCCGAGACGGCUGCAUCUCCCCGGGGGCCGCCGAAGAAGCGGCCGAGGGUGCUGCGCGCGGGGCCUGGCCCAGCGUUACCGAGAUGCGCAAGCUGUUCGGUGGCCCUGGCUCAAAGCGACCUAGUGCCGACUCUGAGGCCUCGGGGACGCCCUGCCCAGACGGUGCCGCCUGGGAGCCCCUGUCUCGCGAACCCCGACAGCCACCGACGCCACCUCCUCGGACGUGCUUUCCCCUGGCUGGCCUGCGUUCGGCGCGGCCGCUGCCGGGCCCUGGGACUGAGGGGAAGAGGUGGCGGCAGCAGCAGCAGCAACAGGAGCGGGGGCAGCGUCCGGCGGAUGGUUUACAUUCUUGGCAUAGCUUCUCCCAACCGCAGCCCGGGGCCCGGGCCUCCUGCUCCUCCUCCUCCUCCAUCGCCUCCUCCUAUCCUGUCAGCCGCAACCGGGCUGCCAGCUCCAGCGAGGAGGAAGAGGAGGGCCCGCAACCUCCGACAGGAGCGCAGAGUUCGGCCUACCGCGGCAGCCACUCCUCAGGCAGUGAGGAGGACCAAGACGGUGAGGGAGGCCAUCCCUGGGGAGGGAGGCUGGGGCCCAGGCCUGGAAGCUCUCUCUUGGAUCAGGACUGUAGACCGGACAAUUAUGGGUUAAAUCUGGGCAGCAUGGACCCGGCAGGGGAAACCAGAAGCCCAGAUCCCCCAACAUCUCCGGGAGCCCCUAGUGAGGAAGGACCUCGGAAUCCGGGUACCGGCUCACCUCCUUUUGUACCAGGUCCCCAGGAGGGGCUUAGGCCCUUGUCUGACGCAGUGGGGGGAGCUUUCCGGGUGGCCAAGGUGAGCUUUCCUGCAUAUUUGGCCAGCCCUUCAGGCUCCCGAGGUAGCAGCCGUUAUUCCAGCACAGAGACUCUCAAGGAUGAGGACCUGUGGGCCAGCCGAGCUUCUGGGGGCUGGGGUGUGUAUCGUUCCCCCAGCUUUGGAACUGGGGAAGGGCUCCUCGUAAGGCCACAGGCUCGGACUCGCAGCAAGGGACCCUUGGGCACCACCAGAGCAUUGAGAGAUGGAGGGCUGGAGUUGGACAAGAAUAGACAACGCAAAUCCCUGUCGAAUCCAGAUAUCGCCUCAGAGACCCUUACACUGCUCAGUUUCCUGCGCUCAGACCUUUCAGAGCUGAGAGUCCGAAAGAUUGGUGGGAACUCCGGGGUCCCUGGGAGUGCCUCCUCAGAUGACAGAGACUCACCAUCGGCAGGAAGCCCAGUGGGGCAACUUGGGCCCACGCCUCCCCCAGCUCCAGCAUCACCUGGCACCCGCCCCACACUCAAGGACUUGACAGCCACCCUGCGGAGGGCGAAGUCCUUUACUUGCUCUGAGAAGCCCAUAGUCCGACGCCUACCCCGCACCAGUGCCCUGAAGCCCAGCAAUUCUGAGCUCCUGCUGGCAGGCCCAGGUGCCGAGGAGGACCCACUGCCCCAUGUCGUCCAAGAUCAGUAUGUGCAAGAGGCCCGUCAGGUUUUUGAGAAGAUCCAGCGCAUGGGUGCCCAGCAGGAUGAUGGAAGUGAUGUUCCCCCUGGAAGCCUUGAUUGGGCUGGAGAUGUGACCCAAGGGCAGCAGUCCCAGGAGGAGCUCUCUGGCCAGGAGUCCAGCCUGACGGAUGAGGGCAUUGGGGCGGACCCUGAGCCUCCCGUUUCAGUCAUCUGCAGCCUGGGUACCACAGGAGUAUGGCGACCCCUUUCCUCAUCCUCAGCCCACACCAACCACUAUGGCCCUGGGGCUGAAGACAGUCUGAGCGGGUGGUCCCUGGUGUCUCCUGAUACUCCUCCCACGCCAGGUGCCCUCCGCCGAAGACGCAAAGUUCCACCUUCAGGUCCUGGUGGGACUGAACUGAGCAAUGGGGAGGCAGGUGAAGCCUACAGGUCACUGAGUGACCCAAUUCCCCAGCGCCAUCGUGCUGCUACCUCUGAGGAGCCCUCUGGGUUCUCUGUGGAUAGCAACCUCUUGGGCUCGCUGAACCCCAAGACAGGACUUCCAGCAGCCACAGCUGUUGAUGAAGGUUUGACCAGUGGCCACAGUGACUGGUCUGUGGGCAGUGAGGAGAGCAAGGGAUACCAGGAGGUUAUUCAGAGCAUUGUUCAGGGGCCUGGUGCCUUGGGCCGAGUGGUGGACGACAGAGUUGCUGGCAAAGCCCCAAAGAAGAAAUCUCUGAGUGACCCCAGCCGCCGUGGGGAGCUCGCUGGGCCAGGAUUCGAGGGACCAGGUGGGGAGCCCAUCCGAGAGGUGGAGCCCAUGCUGCCUCCAUCCAGCAGUGAACCCAUCCUUGCAGAGCGGCAGGCAGAGCUAGAAGAGCCCAGUCCCUCCAGGGGCCGGGCACAGUCUGAGAAGGCCCUACCCGAGGCCCCUCCCCCACCCUCCACUGCCCACCAUGACUUCCAUCUUGACCCUAAACUGACUGACGUUCUGUCCCCGAGGCUCCUCCGCCGUGGUUCCAAGAAGCGCCCAGCCCGGAGCAGUCAUCAGGAGCUGCAGAGAGAAGAGGGCCAUCAGGACCAGUCUGGAAGCCUCGCUCAUGCCCGACCCUCCAAACACGUUCGCCAUGCCAGUGUGCCCGCCACCUUCAUGCCGAUCGUGGUGCCUGAGCCACCGACUUCCCUCGGCCCCCCUGUGGCUGUGCCAGAGCCCAUGGGCUUCCCUGCCAGGACCCGUUCCAUGUUGCAGGCGCCGUCACUUGAGGACGUCACUAAGCAGUACAUGCUGACCCUCCCUUCUGGCGAGGUUCCCACCCCAGUGCCAGUGGAUGUGCCCUCUUUGACUCCAGUUGCACCACCCUCUUCUGAGGCCAAGCGUCCUGAGGCAGCCUGUGCUCCAGAUGAGCCUGCCCCAACCAGCAAAUGCUGCAGCAAGCCACAAGUGGACAUGAGGAAGCAUGUGACCAUGACCCUGCUGGACACAGAGCAGUCGUAUGUGGAGUCACUGCGCACCCUGAUGCAGGGCUACAUGCAACCAUUGAAACAGCCAGAGAACUCCUUGCUGUGUGACCCGUCAUUGGUGGAUGAGAUCUUUGACCAGAUUCCUGAGCUUCUGGAACACCAUGAGCAGUUCCUGGAACAGGUGCGACAUUGCGUGCAGACCUGGCAUGCCCAGCAGAAGGUGGGAGACCUGCUUGUCCAGUCGUUUUCCAAGGAUGUCCUGGUCAAUAUCUAUUCUGCCUAUAUCGAUAACUUUCUCAACGCAAAAGAUGCCGUGCGUGUUGCUAAGGAGGCGAGGCCGGCCUUUCUCAAGUUCCUGGAGCAAAGCAUGCGUGAGAAUAAGGAGAAGCAGGCACUGUCCGAUCUCAUGAUCAAGCCCGUGCAGCGGAUCCCGCGCUACGAGCUUCUGGUGAAGGACCUCCUGAAGCACACGCCUGAGGACCACCCAGACCACCCACUUCUGCUGGAUGCACAGCGGAACAUCAAGCAGGUGGCUGAACGCAUCAACAAGGGCGUCCGGAGCGCCGAGGAAGCAGAACGGCAUGCCCGUGUGCUGCAGGAGAUCGAGGCUCACAUCGAGGGCAUGGAGGAUCUCCAGGCCCCGAUGCGACGGUUCCUGAGGCAGGAGAUGGUCAUUGAAGUGAAGGCAGUUGGUGGCAAAAAGGACCGGUCCCUCUUCCUGUUCACCGACCUCAUUGUCUGCACCACCCUGAAGAGGAAAUCAGGUUCCCUGCGGCGCAGCUCCAUGAGCCUGUACACGGCAGCCAGCGUCAUUGACACGGCCAGCAAGUACAAGCUGCUGUGGAAGCUGCCCCUGGAAGAUGCGGACAUCAUCAAAGGGGCAUCCCAAGCCACUAAUCGGGAGAACAUCCAGAAGGCCAUCAGCCGCCUGGACGAGGACCUGUCCACCCUGGGGCAAAUGAGCAAACUCUCUGAGAGCCUCGGUUUCCCCCACCAGAGUCUGGACGAUGCACUUCGCGACCUCUCGGCCGCCAUGCACCGGGACCUGUCAGAGAAGCAGGCGCUGUGCUACGCACUUUCCUUCCCCCCUACCAAGCUGGAGCUGUGUACCACGAGACCCGAGGGCACGGACUCCUUCAUCUUCGAGUUCCCCCACCCUGAUGCCCGCCUUGGCUUUGAGCAGGCCUUUGAUGAGGCCAAGAGAAAGCUGGCAUCCAGCAAAAGUUGUCUAGACCCUGAGUUCCUGAAGGCCAUCCCCAUAAUGAAAACUCGCAGCGGCAUGCAGUUCUCAUGCGCAGCCCCCACCCUAAGCAGCUACCCGGAGCCCACGCCAGAGGUGUGGGUGUGCAACAGCGAUGGCUACGUGGGCCAGGUGUGUCUGCUGAGCCUGCGGGCCGAGCCGGACGUGGAGGCCUGCAUCGCCGUCUGCUCAGCUCGUAUCCUCUGCAUCGGGGCCGUGCCCGGCCUGCAGCGCCGCUGCCACCGGGAGCAGCCUUCAUCGCUGAGCAACCCCACGGAGAUGGCGCCUGAGUCUGCAGGGCCCGAACUGGACGUCGAAGCCGCAGACGAAGAAGCAGCGACGCUGGCAGAGCGGGGGCCUCAGCCCUGCCUGCACAUCUCCAUUGCAGGCUCAGGCCUGGAGAUGGCAACGAGUCUCUCCGAGGGUGACCCCCGUCCAGAACUGGUGCCCUUUGACAGUGACUCUGACGAUGAGUCUUCACCCAGCCCCUCGGGGACCCUGCAGAGCCAAGCCAGCCGCUCCACCAUCUCCUCCAGCUUUGGCAAUGAAGAGACCCCAAGCUCCAAGGAGGCCACAGCAGAGACAACCAGUUCGGAGGAGGAACAGGAGCCAGGCUUUCUGCCUCUGUCUGGCCCCUUUGGACCUGGAGGGCCCUGUGGCACCAGCCCAAUGGAUGGGAGUGCCCUUCGCCGCUCCGGCCGUGGUUCCUUCACCCGGGGCAGCCUUGAGGACCUGCUGAGUGUUGACCAUGAAGCCUAUCAUAGCUCUGUGUGGCUGGGCACUGAGGACGGCUGUGUUCACGUGUACCAGUCCUCUGACAGCAUCCGUGAUCGCAGGAACAGCAUGAAGCUCCAGCACUCGGCCUCUGUGACCUGCAUUCUGUAUCUGAAUAACCAGGUGUUUGUGUCUCUGGCCAAUGGAGAACUUGUGGUUUACCAAAGAGAAGCAGGCCGCUUCUGGGACCCCCAGAACUUCAAAUCAGUGACCCUGGGUGCUCAGGGGAGCCCCAUCACCAAGAUGGUGUCUGUGGGUGGGAGGUUGUGGUGUGGCUGCCAGAACCGAGUCCUUGUCCUGAGCCCUGACACGCUGCAGCUGGAGCACACGUUCUGUGUGGGGCAGGAUUCCAGCCGCAACGUGGCUUGCAUGGUGGACUCCAGCCUGGGUGUAUGGGUGACCCUGAAAGGUAGUGCCCACGUGUGUCUCUAUCAUCCAGAGACUUUCGAGCAGCUGGCAGAGGUAGAUGUCACACCUCCUGUGCACAGGAUGCUGGCAGGCUCCGAUGCCAUCAUCCGGCAGCACAAGGCUGCCUGCCUGAGGAUCACAGCGCUGCUGGUGUGUGGAGAGCUGCUGUGGGUGGGCACCAGUGCUGGUGUGGUGCUCACCAUGCCCACCUCCCCCAGUACGGUCAGCUGCCCACGGGCACCCCUCAACCCUGCUGGUCUAGGGCAGGGACACACUGGCCAUGUUCGCUUCCUGGCCGCAGUCCAGUUGCCAGAUGGUUUCAACCUGCUCUGCCCAACUCCGCCACCUCCCCAAGACACAGGCUCUGAGAAGCUGCCAUCGCUGGACCACCGGGACUCCCCUCGGCAUAGAGGCCCUGCCUCUGCCAGGCCUAAAAUGCUGGUUAUCAGUGGAGGUGAUGGCUACGAGGACUUCCGACUCAGCAGCUGGGGUGGAGGCAGCAGUGAGACUGUGGGCCGAGAUGACAGCACAAACCACCUCCUCUUGUGGAGGGUGUGACCCUGUCCACUGUGGCCCGGGACGUGCCAUCCCCCGCCCUCAGCCUGCUUGCCUCUUCCUAGCCCACGUACAGACUCUGACCAGGAGUGUCUGAUCAGGGGUUCCCUCUCAGCCUCUCUGAAGCAUUCCUGACGGACACCUGCUGGCCAGUUGGGCCCAGCCUUUCCCGACUCUGGCUGCUCCGUGCCUCCAGUCAUGAUGGGGGUAGGGGAAGAAGGGCAUGUGGGCUGCACAGGAUCGCUGUCCCUGGAGCUUCUACCAAAGACACGGCCGGGCCUGGACCCCACAGGGCUGGGGAGGGCCACGUGCAAUAUUUGGAGGGUUUUCUGGGGGCAGUGGGAGGACGGGGGGACGAAAUCCUUUCCCAUGUACAGUAUUUAUGUUCCUUUUUAGAUGUAUUCCUUCCCAAGCACUUAUUUAUGCAAUGACCUGGGACAGGGGGGUGAUUUGGUAAAAUGACAGAAGAAAAAACUCCUAUCCCUGCCCUGGGAGCCACCCUGGGACCCUAACCAAGCCUUCUAGAGGGCUCAGUCCCCCUUGUUACAGAUGUGCACCCCUUUGUGCACACACUGCAUGUUCAGGGCACUAAACACAGCCUCUUAACACCUCCCACUGCCUUGUCCUGACGGGACUGCCCUCCACUACCCAGAGCCAAGGAAAAGUCCCCCGCUCAUCCAGGACAAGAUGACUACUGGGGGGUAUUGACUCCCUUCGGGGGACCGUGGCAUUUCCUAGCUUGUAAGCAGUGCCUUUAGCUGUUUUGUGAUUUGGGAACACUGACGGGGCCAUGAACAAGGCUCUCUACUGGCCUAAACAGGAAAGAAAAAAGGGCCCUUGUUCUCCUGGCACUCAGCACCCAGCACCCACCCCUGUGUCUCAUGCACUGGCACAUAUGGUCACUUUGGCAGGGGGGCACUGAAGAGCCCCCUCGCUCUGACCACUGAUCCUUCCCUCUGCACCCUGUCCUGCCAAAGGCAGCCUCACUAGGAAGGACACCCAAAGCCGAGGGGCCAGGCGCGGCCUCUUCACCUGGAAGGCUCUACUUUAGGGCAACCUACUCCCAUCCCCUUGCUUCUUCAGCUGCAACUCCAAAGGUCUGGUUUCAGGUGGGGUUUGUUUUGUUCUGUUUGGUUCUGUUUUUGUUUGGGGUGGGUGGGUCAUUGCGGUCUUAGAUUAUGUUUCUCUUGCUACCAAACAGUCAUGUAUAACUUUUGUUGGAUGAUGAAGUUUAAAGAGUCAAUAAAUAGAAACAGUAAACUUCUCUUUGG